AAAUAAUAUUUUCCUUGCAAGAAGAUAAUUUAUGUGUUUUGCCAUGAGAUAAGAUGUGCCUAUAUAUAUUUCGAAGAUUCAAACAAAUUUACAAAAACAAAAUGUGCCGUUGGUGGGUUUGUUCGUUACUCUUUCUUUUUCCCUUGGUUCUUGGAGAUGCUCCAAGUGUCUUUGAUCCUGCGGGUGUCGUUCCUUUGGAAAAGUGUGAAAAGUGUGGCAACAAGAAUUAUUAUUUUUCAUAUAAGUUCAAGGCAAACUAUUUUCAUGCCGACCAAAUUUGUAGAGAUAUGAACAUGACAUUGGUAACAAUACCAUCGAAGGAAGUUAAUGAUUUCUUAUACACCACAGUUUUAUCAGCAAAUGGCGAAAUUAACUUCUGGACUUCUGGGACGAACUUAGUGGAUAAAGUGUCAUGGAUGUGGAUGUCUAAUGCUCAACCCAUAACUUACUCAAACUGGAACGUCGGACAACCUACAGCUUCCGCUUACAGAUGUCUUUUGGGUCAAAUGAUUAGAGGAAAGGAUUUCCUUUGGAUGAACGUAGACUGUAAUGGCCUUUACAACUUUGUAUGUGAAUCUAUAGAACCAGCUGCUUCCAGUAAGACUGGUGGCAGUGAAAAUUGGGCCAAAUUGUUUGCAGAUCCGUCAGUAUCUCCAAACUUUCCAUUGUUCAACUACAAUAAAAAAAGUUACUAUGUAAACACCCAAGCAAUGUCUUUCCUAGACGCUAACAGAUUCUGUAGAAUGAUUAAUAUGGAGCUGGUGUCUAUUGAAUCUGAUGCAGAAAAUACUUGGGUGUACAGAUGGUUGAGAAAUAUAAACCUGGGCACCACUUAUUGGUCAGGUGGUACCAACUUGAUAAACGGUUUCGAUUGGAUAUGGUUCUCGUCAGGAAGAAAGGUUGUAUUCACUAAAUGGAUGAAAGGUCAACCAGCCACCAUUAACCAAAGAUGUAUCCAAUUAAUAGUUAAUAAGGGCCUUGGUAUGGAGUGGGUCAGUUUGGGAUGUGAAGUACUUCUACCUUUUGUUUGUCAGUCACCCACUGACAAAAUUACAAGACGUCCUGCGACCGUAGGUCCCAAUGGGAAUUCUGGAAGUUGUGAAGUAAAGGAAGUAAAGGAAGUAAAGGAAGUAAUAUCCCCUGUAGUCAAUACCUACCAUACCUACAAAGUACUGACUACUCCAGUUCAUUAUAAGCAGGCUGUUGCUGCAUGUGAGGCAGCUGGAAUGUCAUUAGUUAGUAUCCAGUCAAAAGAAAAAAGCGACAGUGUUACUUCUAAACUUCAAAAAAUCUCUCAAACUGGUGCCUUCUGGACAUCCGGUCACAAAAUUGAUAACAAAUGGUUCUGGCUGAAAGGAGAACCAAUAACAUUUACUAAUUGGAACGAUGGAGAACCAAACAAUAAAAGAGGAAAUGAAAAUUGCCUCACAGUCUUUAAAUCCGGUACUGGUUCUUUAUGGAACGAUGAUCCUUGCGAUUUCAAAUUUAUUCCGGUGUGUGAAAUAGCCGUUACUGUUCAGAAUGAAGAAUCACGUGAAAAAAUCAUUGCUUCUCAGAAUGAAUGUUGCAAGGCUCCAGUUGUGAAUGUUUUUGUUGAUAGAGACCAAGAUAAUUAUGUAGAGUAAGAAAUCUCUUCUGAUCUGUAAAUUUUGUGAAAUAUACUGAUACGAUUUUA